AUGGUCGUGAACACCUUCCAGACUAUGAACCCCUCUUUGAGUCCAUCGAUCUCGGGACCAAGAGAGGCCGAGGACAGCUUGAACCUGAUGUUGAACGAGUCGAUUGCAGAGUUCUACCGGACUUAUGAACCAUAUCUCCGAAUGUCGGUCGAUUAUCUCAUUGAGAAAUACAUCAAGGACGAUGCCACGUCAAGUAUGAGAGCAUGCGUGAAUCUUGUGCAUAGGAUACUCACCAGAGUCAAGAGUCCCGAGGACCCCCUUUCAAUGAUCAAGGGAAUUUACCUUAUGGUGGACGAAUAUGACAGCUACAUCAAUAAGUGCCUUGUCCCCAUCGAUAGUGUUCAAUGGAAACCGCCACGACAGGACGACACAGACAGCCUGCUGAAGGGAUUCUGGGCGUGUGUGAAGAGUGGGCUGGGCUAUCGCAAGAUCGCCAAGUGCUAUAUGACAGGUGUCUUGCCGCAAUCUUUUGCGGACAACACGUCUGGAUUCAACGUGGCUCGAUAUGUAUCCUGGGAACCAGAGCUCGCGGGGUUUUGUGGGUUGACGGAAGCGGAUGUCGCUGCUGCGCUGGCACUGAAGAGUGUCUGCGAUUCCACUGCCGAAGCAGAGAAGCAUUUGAAGAUCAUGAGGGAUCAUUAUAACGACUUCAAUUUCGUUCCUGACGGACAGGGGUCUUUGACAUAUAACACAAACACAUGCCUCGAGUACUUGCAGAACCUCGAGAUAGGAAAGCCGAUGAAGGAUCCUCUCUCAUUCACCAACUCUGAGGCCUCGGAAGUAUCACUGCGGCUACUUGCGGCAUCGCCAGUGGCGACGCAGUUGUUAGAGGACGGACUCCUCAGCGAAAGCGAGCAAGCAACUCUGGAGGAUGUGAAUGGCGCGUUUAGGCUACUCAUCGACGACGGAAACAUCGACAGAAUCCUCGGACUAUACGCCCGCGGUAUGCAGGAACACGAUGUCGGAACUCAUGAUUUCCAAAAGGAAGAGGAUCACUGUAGCUCCUUGCGUUUCACCCUACUGGGUAAUAUCCACCCGUCCCUUCGGAAGGUCGUCGUCGAGACGACCAUUACCAAGCCCUCGGGAACGCCAGGCCGAAUCGACAUGUUGGUAUCCGUUCCGUUGCGAAAGCAGCUGUUGGUUCUCGAAUGGAAGUCCAUCCAAAUCGACUAUAUCAAGAUUGGAUCUGGAACACAGUCGGAAAGGGCCAAUGCCCUCGCGGAGAUUCGCGAUGCCAAUGAGAUCUUGGAUCUGAAGUUCAGGAGUGACAAAUUUCGAACUGAUCAGACCAUCAAGAAAUGGGUUCUAGAUAGACCUAAAGUUGGUAAGGGGUGUUCCCCCGAGCAACAGCUUCGGGAGUACGCGCAGAGCCCAGAGAUUGAGAGGUGGAAAAAGGACGGCUAUACGAUCACGCCGAUUCUUCUUGUUGUGGUUGGAUCUCGCCACGUACUUUUGUGGAAUUUUGAUGGCGAUAAGCUCGACUCGUCUCCGCGACUCGCCGCGUGA